UCGAAAAAAUAUAGCUCGAUGCGAGAAAAUAUCUGAAACAAAAUUGUUUUUUCGUACAUUUUGGUACUUCUCACAAUUACCUAUCGCAUUUUGUAUCUUUGGAUUUGAAGUAAAACAGCCAAUACAUUUUUUGUAGAGAAUUGAAUGGGGAAUCGUUUGGUAAAAACGACGCGCCGAUCGUGUUCAAGAAAGACGAGAAAAUUCAAAAAUACUAACAGGACAAUUCUUUUUGGGCCACCCGUUAGAUAUUAGUAUAAAAGAUGUAUAUUUAUCAUUCGUAUAUACUAACCAUGUACUAUAUACAUAUGUAGACUUCAUUCAACAUGCCACCUCGCUGAGAUGAACACUUCCUUUAAUGAACACGUUUUGAACAGUCCCGUCAGUGUUCAUCUUAGAGAGGUUUCACUGUAAUGCUUAUUAAAAAUUGAUCAUUUUUUUUUGUAAGAUAGGAAAUGACAAAUCAAAAGUGUCGAAAAUAUCAUUCGAAUUAGAACAAAAAAAAUUAAAUCCGAUUUCAUUUGGACAUUGUGAUCAUCGUUCAGCUCAUCAUACUGCUCCUAAAUUUACAGAUCGGGAUGAAUUAGGUGCAAAAAUAUUGGCCCAUCUGAUUUCAAUGACUGUUCAACUGAAAUAUCUUAUUGUUGAAAACUUUCGAUGUUUAGUAUAUGUUAUUGAACAUAUAAUUUUACGUUAA